AUGCUUUCAUACAUUAUCUAUUAUAUUGCACAUCAUCCAAUUGUGAAAAUGAAAAUGUUGAAAGAAAUUGAUAGUAUAUUUCAAGGUGAUAUAAUUCGACCAAUUACUAAAGAUGAUUUUUAUAAUUUAAAAUACUGUGAAGCAAUUGUAAAAGAAGUAGCUCGAAUUUUUCCAAUUAUAUACUCGACUGUAAGAUAUAUUGAUGAACCUAAAGAAAUAGCAGGAUAUCAAUGGCCAGCUGGUAUAACAUUUUCAAUUAAUAUUAAAGCUAUUCAUAAUAAAGAUGAUUAUUGGGAAGAACCUAAUAAAUUUAACCCUGAUAGAUGGAUGGAUGAAAAUUUUGAACCAAAGAAGGAUUCUUUUAUAAUGUUUGGUAGAGGUUUAAGAUUAUGUCCAGGAAGUAAGUUAGCAAUGAUUGAAUUAGUUUGUUUGAUGGCUUUAUUGUUUAGAAAAUAUGAUAUUAAUUUAGUAGAUAUGAAUUCUCCUGUUAAAACUAAAUGUGAUGGUCUUUUAGUUUGUUGUGUUGAAUUAUUAGUUGAAAUUAAACCAAGAAAUUGA